AUGAUGUCGCUAUCAACAAUGGCGGCUAGACAACUCUUUGCCUUCUUGGCACUUAUGUCACUCAGCCAAACUGUUCUCGCCCUUUUCAUCAACCCACCACCAAGACAAUCCGACAUAGAUAACCCUCAAUAUGAGUUAGGAGAUGAAAUAAAGAUCCGAUGGAGCACAAAUGCCGAGUUCACGGACUUGACCUUAUGGCAAAGCGGCACGGGUAAAAUGUAUAUGUUACAGUCCAACAGCAGGUCGCAGGACUACACCUGGAUUGUAUCAUAUCAAGGAAUCGAUCCUGCCGAGACAAACUCUUUCAGCUUGUACCUAUUCGAGCAUGGUGAAACAGGGCCAUUGUUCUCGAGUCACAGGUUCAACAUCACCGACCCAAAUGCGUCAACAACGUCUGCGUCCGAGACCACAACGACAAGCCUGUCGCCAACCGAAACCGAAACAUCCAGCCAGACUACCGCUGAAACAACCUCCGAAUCUGCUUCUUCGUCAACUACGGUCGAAGACGAGCCUACAUCAUCAUCCGCGGGCAUAGAAUACACUACGUCUUCGGGACCAUCGUCGGGUGCUAUUGCUGGAAUAGUAGUUGGCUCAAUUGUUGUAGUGUUGGGAAUAGCAGUGGUUGCAUUUAUGUUAUGGCGAAGGAAAAAGGCAAGGAAGGCUUCAAAAGCGACGCCGGAGAUGGAGGCUGCAAAGUAUGCGCCUGUUCAAGCUCCUCAUGAUGAUGGAGUUCAUCAAGGGCCAUACGAGAUGGGGGAUCCAGCGCAGGCGCAUGAAUUACCAGCGACAGAAUACAAUCCUGGUCCUGGUAGUAGGACGGAGUCCCAGGCUAUUCUUCCACCCGGUCUAGUCUCGUCCGACGAUGGCCGUUGUAUCGCCCCACCCAGGUCCUACGGCCGCACCCCUUUCCGCCCUCAGAGGAUGCAAGUAUUGGAGGUUAGUGAUAUUCUCCUUUUGUAUACUAUUCGUGAAGUUGAAGUCUACAGUGUAGCUGGUAUUCCACACUUGACAGCUGAAGUUCCUCUGGCCAUUCACGGCCUACGCUCAGAUAAUCUAGCCGCUUUUCUUCAGGGUUGCGGAGCACUCCCGGCCCAGAACCAGCUGACAUGCCGGGUCGGCUGGUGGAUAUGGUUUCGGCGGGGUACACCCGACUGGCUUCGUGGAAGCACCUUCGGCUAUGCACAACUCAGCACUGUCGGUACUCUCGAAAUCUUUUAUGACGGAGGAUCCAAGUUUGUUUCUCGAGAGAAGCCCAACCGAGCCGCAGGAGAUGUCGUUCUCACCCUUCAGGACGACGGCGUAGCCAGCUUGACAUACAACGGCCUUCCUAUCAGUUUCAUCAACCUCAGUCUUCUUUCGAACGGCAAUCUUCAGGUCUACCACAUCACUUUGAAGGUCAAGGGCAUCUACGAGACUAUCCCCAACUCCAAGAUCACCGAUGCUACUUAUUUGACUGUUAGUGAUGACUUGGUGAUUGAGAUCCAAGGCGCAGAUAAGCGAAGUAUCUGGCGCUCUCCCUUGAGGGAGCCUUCUCGCCAAGAACUCGAGUGGGAGCGUGACGCCUAUCGUGAUAACAGACGACAGCGCGAAUACAAACAACUAGGACUCUGUAUCAGCGAUGAUGCCACGGCCUAUAUUCAGGCUUCGAACUACUUCCAGCCAUGGGCAAUCCACUUUACUGACUUGCGCGACUCUGUGGGCGACGCUCUUCGACCAGGCGCCCAAUUCAAGUUUACCCAGUGUCUCAAGAGUCAGGAUGGUCAGUAUUCUGCCUUUCUUGACGGGAACGGCGAUUUCCAGCUAAUGGGAGAUCGACUGCUUUGA